AUGAUUUCCUUAGAAGAUGUUUAUCAUGUAAUAACAGCCACUGUCCCAUUAUAUGUUACUAUGAUAUUAGCCUAUGUUUCUGUUAAAUGGUGGAAAAUCUUCACUCCAGAACAAUGCUCAGGGAUAAACAAAUUUGUUGCAAAAUUCUCAGUGCCCUUGUUAUCAUUUCAAGUUAUUUCUUCCAACAACUUCUACAAGAUGAGCCUGAAGCUAAUGUAUGCUGAUUUUGUUCAGAAAUUGCUUGCAUUUUUGGCAUUAACAAUAAUCAUUAAGGUUAGUGGCAGAGGAGGGUUAAAGUGGAUCAUAACUGGUCUUUCAUUGUCAACACUUCCCAACACUUUGAUCCUUGGGAUUCCUCUCAUGAAGGCUAUGUAUAGAGAUGAUGCUGCUCUUCUUCUUCCACAGAUUAUUGUCCUUCAGAGCCUCAUCUGGUAUAAUUUGCUCUUGUUUCUUCAUGAACUCGAUGCCGCCAUUCCGGCCAGGACCAUGCCUGACACCCCACCACCACCACCACCAUCACAACCCAUAGGAGAAACAGAGAAUUCUCAGGAAUUACAACCAAAAGAAGAGGAAGAGGAAGAUGAAGAAGCAGCACCUGCUGGGAGGGACAGAAAAAAGAAGAUAAUGUUGAUUCUUAUGACAGUGGGAAGGGAGUUAAUCACAAACCCUAAUACCCAUGCAACUUUAAUUGGUCUUAUUUGGUCAUGCAUACACUUCAGGUGGGAAGUGAAUCUACCAGAUGUUAUUAACCAAUCAAUAACAAUAUUAUCCAAUGGGGGUCUAGGUAUGGCAGCAUUCAGCCUAGGUCUAUUUAUGGCAUCACGCUCAAGCAUUAUAGCAUGUGGUCCAAGGAUGACAAUGGUUGCAUUAGGGCUAAAAUUUCUUGCUGGUCCUGCUCUAAUGGCUUUGGCCUCCCUCAUGAUCGGAUUAAAGGGUACAUCAUUGAAAGUGGCAAUUGUUCAGGCAGCUCUACCCCAAGGAAUUGUUCCUUUUGUUUUUGCCAAAGAGUAUAAUGUUAAUCCUUCAGUUUUAAGCACAGGAGUGUUACUAGGAAUGCUUGUUGCCUUGCCGGUGGCAUUGACCUACUACCUCAUGUUAUCACUAUAAUUGGAGCAAUUAUUACAAGGAGAUGAAAAAUUGGUGUGAGAUAGCAGUUUAUAUGGUUGUAUAUUGUCUCUAUUGAUUCAUAGUCAGAGAGAACAGAGAAGAGAGAAACAAGUGAACUUAAAUUAACAAAUUACACAAGUUAGAUAGAUAUACCAGAUUUUGCAAUGGUGCAUUAUUCAUCAUCUUGGUUACAAGUUACAAUCACUUGGAGAAAGAAGUACAGUAUGAUAGAUAUGGUGUCAUCGAGCAUUGAGAAAGCUACAACCAUGGAGGAAGAUAUAUGAGAGUACAAAUUUUAGGGAAUAUAUGAUAUGAUUAAAUAUGUUUAAUUACUAUUCAAUCUUAACAAAUCUCUCUUUAUCUUUC